AUGAUGAAAAUGAAAACUGGAUCAACCGUGACCACUGCCGGCGACGGCGAGGGUGGAUUGGAGGUCCGACCUGGAGGAAUGGUUGUACAAAGAAGAACAGAUCAUAACUCAAACGUGACACGUGUCAUUCGGAUCCGGGUCAAAUACGGGUCGGUCCAACACGAGAUCAGUAUCAACUCUCAAUCUUCUUUCGGGGAAUUGAAGAAGAUAUUGUCAGGUGAGACAGGAGUUCAUCAUCAAGACAUGAAGAUUCUAUACAAAGACAAAGAAAGAGAUUCAAACAUGUUUCUUGAUCUUUCUGGUGUUAAAGAUGGUUCUAAACUCAUUCUUAAAGAAGAUCCGGUUUCUCGGGAGAAACGUUUACUGGAAAUGAGGAAAAUCGCAGUCAAAGAGAAAGCGCUUAAAACAAUCUCCGACAUUACUUUUCAAGUCGAUAGACUCGCCGGAAAAUUGUCGGCGUUUGAUUCAGUGAUUGGUAAAGGAGGGAAAGUUGAAGAGAAGAAUUUGGAGGAUUUGAUGGAGAUUUUGAUGAGUCAUUUGGUGAAGCUUGAUGAAAUUUCAGGAGAUGGAGAAGUUAAAUUGAAGAAGAUGAUUCAGAGUUAA